AUGACGAGAGGCCGUAGGAACAUCGUUGAACGGGCGAAGCAGAUGGGUUACAACGAGGAGGCAUGCAGUAUCGUCAACGGUGACCGGCUGCUGCCUAAGCUCGAGGAUGGAACGAUAGCAAACCACCAAGCGGCGCUCAGUGCAUGGACUGAUUACGUUGAUCAUAUGAGCGAGACAAAGCAGAGAAUACCUUGCACGGACAACCUUGAGGAUCUGAAGGAUUUCGUCUAUAUAAGAGCCAAGGUAAUCAAAGGCACACAGAACAAGACCGCAAGUGUGGAAACCGUUCGGAACUACUGGAACAACUUCACAGGCGCUUGGAAGCGAUCAUAUCCUGCUAUCAGAGACGAUCUCAAGGAGUCAAUUCACGAAUUCAUCUAUGGGCCAUUGAAAGAACUACUAGGUCUUCUUGACGAAAAGAAGCCUCGAAGAUAUGCAAAUGAAAAACACCUUUUGAUCUAUGCCGAGCAGCUUUGGAGCAGAGACUGGUUCAUCUACUAG